GGGAACACGAACAGAAAGUUUAAAGACGUAACAACCGACCGAUACGCCCUUGGGGCAUCCUUCCCUCUCUCAGCAGCGAACCCCCCUCCACCUCCAUGUGCGAGGAAGAUUGACGGGCAGAGCACAUGUCACGCUCGCCAAACUUGCACCGUAUGGCCGGCUCAGCAGGCCCCUUCCAUAACAAGCACCUGUUCGGCGCCAAAACGAUACGUGUGUGGGAUUGAUUCCGCCACACCGAACCGUGAUGCUCGCUCGACCUCCCGCACUCUGCGCUGAUGGCUCUUGUAUGAGAACAUGACCGACUCCUCUGGUUCUUGGCCCGCCGAGAGCGAACGGCACUUCUGGGAUGCCCUCUCCGAGAUCUUGUCCGCGACCUGCACGACCCCCGAGCAGCUCGAUGAGACCUUGCGAUCAUGGCUCGACCUGGUUUCCGGCGCGCGGGACGAGCGCCUCGAGAGCGAAGACGACAUCGCCCGGUGUUCCCAGAUGCUCAUAGAGAGCCAAAUAUUCCGCAACAACAGCAGCUAUGUGCGAACGCAGCUUAUCUACGGCCUGCUGCAGGAGGACGAACUUGCGAAGCUCCACGUCUACGCCAAUUUUCUUCUCCUCGACGGCCGGACCGACGAGGACACCUUUCGGGCCAUGAUAAGCGAAGGGUGUUUCGUGCGACUGCUCGAGCUCAUCAAGGGCUGUGCGGACCAGGAUGCUCGUCUGCAUCGGCUUCUGCUGCAGCUGAUGUACGAGAUGUCCCGGAUCGAACACUUGCGAGCUGAAGACCUGCUGCAGGUGGACGAUAACUUUGUCAUGUACUUGUUUCAGCUCAUCGAGGCUGUGUCUGAUGAUGCCAGUGACCCAUACCACUACCCCGUUAUACGAGUCUUGCUGGUUCUAAACGAGCAGUAUAUGGUGGCCUCUACCUCGGCGGCGGUCGACCCGGAUUCCCCCACCGCGCCCAUGACGAACCGUGUGGUGAAGAUCCUCAGCGUCCAUGGACCAUCAUUCCGGACCUUCGGCGAGAACAUCAUCCUGCUUUUGAACCGGGAGACGGAGACCUCGCUGCAGUUGCUUAUUCUCAAGCUACUGUAUCUGCUCUUCACCACAUCGGCAACGUACGAGUACUUCUACACCAAUGAUCUCCGAGUAUUGCUGGAUGUGAUUAUGCGCAACCUUCUGGACCUGCCCUCCGAGGCAAACGUUCUGAGGCACACUUACCUAAGGGUCCUGGCACCUCUACUCGCGCACACGCAGCUCAGCCAGCCGCCCCACUACAAAAAGGAGCAAAUCCUCAGCCUUCUCGAAAUAUUACGUGGCUCUGGCAGCGCCCAUUUCAAGCCGCCAGAACCGACGACGUUGCGUUUACUCGAACGAGUUGCGAAAACCCCGUGGUUGGUCGAUGACGAGGCGAGCUCAUCAGACGUCAGCCCCGUCGGGAGCUUGUCGCAUUCACAGACCGGCAGUUCCGUUAGCGUCGUUGCGAAUGUAUCAGAGAAACCAGGUGUCAAGACACCGAGCCGAAAGUCAGAAAUGGGCCCGGAAUCGAUGGGCGGACAGGCGGCGUCAGGAGGGAGCCCGCCUCGGCCCAAGCCACCCCCCCCGAGAAACCAGAGGGCUCAGAUGUGUCUGCCAGAAGUGCCGAAGCACCGCCAUGGCGCGCCUAUCGUUCCCCCGGCGGCGAGCACCGUCCACGUUAACGGGAAUGGGCAGAAGAAACAACCGCCCAAGAUCCCUCCACCCCGAAGGAAAGCGAAGCUUCCGGCAGCGGCGGGGGUUACGGCCGAGUCGACAAACCCUGUGUCUUGAGCAGGGGAAUCUUUGUGGGCGAAUAGUCGGCCGCUGUUGCGGCGUGUGACGAUUUGGGGGAGUCCGAAGAAUGGCUGAAAGGCGUCAGGGGCUGCCACGUCUGCCUGUUGCGAAUGUGGGUUGAUGGCGUCCCACACCGGGGCAAGGAGCGGCCGGUUGGGACAAGAUCUGGCUUUUCAGGACCUUUUGUAUGACAGUGUGCGCAUUUACCCCGCCCCGGGCGGCUUAAGGGUUACGGUCCGCAUGGCGUACGGCGAAGGGACAAGACACGGCCAGGAGUUCAUUGAGGUAAUUUGCAGCGAAGGAAGAGCUAUACUUCCACUAAUUGCUAGUUGUAUUGUUUUACAAGAUACUUUUGCACAUCCUCAUCCGUGAGCUGUUGCUUGUCAUUUUUUCACUGUCCUCCGGAUGCCAUGCAUGUACGGAAGUCAGCUUUCGGCAGUCGCGUGCUCAUCCCCUGGCCCCUUGUCCUGCAUCCCGGCCGUGUCCCGUUCCCGGUGGGCCGUUUGGACCCACUUUUGGGUCCGUUCCCGGGCUUUCGGU